AUGGCCGACAAACCUCCUCCAUCGCUCGCCGCAGUUGCGGUCUCCUCUCUUAUUCUCGGCGUGUUGGCAGGCUACUUCAUCGGCCAAGGCUCCAGUAUCGGCGUCUUCGGCGGUUCAGGGGCUGGAGGCGAAUUGAAGAAAAGCUGGCCAAACAGCUACGACGUCAGGGUCCAUGCCGAUUCCAGCGACGAUCAGGCCGAUGACGAGGAGGAGGGGGAGGACGAGGACGAAGGGGAAGGGGAUGGAGAUGGCAAGGAAUUGAACGAUUUCAGGGAUUCCUCGGAGGAAGUGAAGCUUGUUCUAGCAGUCAGAACAGAUCUGGGAAUGGGCAAAGGCAAAAUCGCGGCUCAAUGUUCUCACGCAGCCCUCGCUUGCUACAAGUACCUCCUUCAAUACCCUACUUCGGCACCUUUGCUGAAGCGCUGGGAGUGGGGAGGACAGCCUAAGAUUGCAGUGCAGGUCAAGUCUGAAGAAGAAUUGGAAACACUACAAGCUCAAGCAAUCAGCCUCGGCCUUUGUGCGAGAAUCAUCCACGAUGCUGGCAGAACACAGAUCGCAGCCGGCAGCGCAACGGUCCUGGGCGUUCUCGGACCAAAGAGUGUGGUUGAUCAGGUUACCGGCCACCUGAAACUACUAUGA